UCUUUAUCUAUUUUCUCUUCUUACAUUUUUGAGCUUACACUACCGGUUUUCGAAAACAGAGUUUGUACUGUUAAGAAUGGCAGAUGAAGUUGUCCUCAUGAGUUUCUGGCCAAGUAUGUUUGGAAACAGAGUUAAGAUAGCUUUAGCUCUUAAAGGUGUCGAAUAUGAAUUCAAAGAAGAAAACCUGAGAGACAAAAGUCCAUUGCUUUUGGAGAUGAAUCCAAUCAACAAAAAAAUCCCUGUUCUGGUACAUAAGGGGAAACCCAUUUGUGAAUCACUUUUAAUUGUUGAAUACAUUGAUGAAGUCUGGAAUCAGAAGUCUCCAUUGCUACCUACUGAUCCUUACCAGAAAUCUCAAGCUAAAUUUUGGGCCGACUACAUUGACAAGAAGUUCGCUGCAACUGCGAAAGAGAUAUGGAGUACCAAUGGAGAAGAACAAGAGAAUGCUAAGAAGAAAUUCAUUGACAUUUUGAAAGUUUUGGAAGGAGAGCUCGGAGAAAGCCCAUACUUUGGUGGUGAUCAGUUUGGGUUUGUGGAUGUGGCUCUCAUCCCUUUCUACAGCUGGUUUUACGCAUACGAGACUUUUGGAAAUUUCAGCAUAGAAGAAGAUUGUCCAAAGAUUGUGGCCUGGGCAAACAAGUGCAUGGAGAUUGAGAGCGUUGCACAGUCACUUCCUGAUCCAAAAAAGGUUUAUGAAUUUGUUUCAGUAAUCAAAGGGUGGCUCGGGAUCAAAUAGGUUCUUUGAACACUACUUACAAGUUUGAUGUCUCCAGAUCUGUCUGGCUUAAGGAGAUGCAUGGUAGUAGUAAGUUCAUGGAGACAAAUAAAAUGACGUUGCUGUCUCUUUUAUUUAUAAAGUGUAUGUUUUCAAAUGUUGUGGACUUCGGUCGAGAGGGAAAAGUAUUGAAUUGUCUGAUUGGGGUUGUUGAGUUUAUUCUAGCAAAUAAAAUGGCUUAAAUAACAUUAUCAUGACAAA